AUGGACUCAUCCCCCGGAGAGUGGCCCGUGUCGUAUCAUGGCACAGGUGUCAGUGCGAGCGGCUCAAUCGCACAGGAUGGUUACGACCUAAGCAAGGGGAAGCGCUUCCUCUAUGGUCACGGCGUCUACUCUACACCAUCCGUGAAAGUCGCUGCGAUGUAUGCACAGACAUUUAUGCACGACGGAGCUGAAUACCAACUAGUAUUUCAAAACUGCACCUCCACCGAAGGCCUGAAGGUGAUCAAUGCGGCGGACAAUGGUGUUGGUGAAUAUUGGGUGCAGCCAGAUGACAAGCUCAUCCGGCCGUACAGUGUCUGUGUCAAACUCAUUUCGUCUGAACCACCCACUGAGGAGAAUGGGCGUCCUGCUGCUGAUGCCAAGCAGAGUUCCUGCAUGAUUUUGUAG